CCACUUCCGGCCCGUGCCCUUGAGGGUCCGUGGCCUGUGCGUUCUCCCGCUACUUUGUAGGCACCUUGCAGAAUAUGGCGGCUGCCGCAGCCAGGGUCUGGUGGCGUAGGCUCGGGGCGGCCGCUUCCUUAGCUAGGGGGGCUGGGCGAUCCUCUGUAGCGUUGCAGCGAGUGAGGAGGGAGAGCGAGGCAGCUGACACGCGCCCCACUGUCAGAACAUGGAAUGAUGUGGCCCAUAAGCAGCUCUCAGCAUUUGGAGAGUAUGUGGCUGAAAUCCUACCCAAGUAUGUCCAACAAGUUCAGGUGACCUGCCUUAAUGAGUUAGAAAUCUGUAUCCAUCCUGAUGGAGUCAUCCCAGUGCUGACUUUCCUCAGAGACCACACCAAUGCACAGUUCAAAUCAUUGGCUGACUUGACGGCAGUGGAUGUCCCAACCAGGCAGAACCGUUUUGAGAUUGUCUACAACCUGCUGUCUAUGCGCUUCAACACGAGGAUCCGUGUGAAGACCUAUGCAAAUGAACUGACCCCCAUUGAGUCUGUAGUGUCUGUGCACAAGGCCGCCAACUGGUAUGAGAGGGAGGUCUGGGACAUGUUUGGAGUUUUCUUUUUUAACCACCCUGACUUAAGAAGGAUCCUGACAGAUUAUGGCUUCGAGGGACAUCCUUUCCGGAAAGACUUUCCUCUCUCUGGCUAUGUUGAGCUCCGUUACGACGAUGAGGUGAAGCGGAUAGUGGCUGAGCCAGUGGAGUUGGCACAAGAAUUCCGCAAGUUUGACCUGAACAGCCCCUGGGAGGCCUUUCCUGCCUACCGUCAGCAACCUGAGAGUCUCAAGCUUGAAGCUGGAGACAAGAAACCUGAAGCCAAGUAGCUCCAAAAGCAUGUGUCCUAGAGGGAAAAUUCCUUAUCUGUGCUUGUCUGUAUAAAUAAACUCCCUAGGGACAUUCACCCCUUC